UUUUACGUUGGCUAAAUGUUUUUCUCACUUUCAGUAUAAUUUAAAAAAAUUAUAUAUCAAAUUUGAAAUAUCUUAUCUGCAUAUACUUAUAAAAUUGAACAUGGCAGUUACGUUAAAAGAAAUAAAGGAUAUGCUUACGGUAAUGCUUAAUGAAUAUAAAAAAGAAAUGGAAAUAUUGCUGAAACUUCAGGAGAAAGUUUUUGUUGAUAACGUGAAAUGAAUUGCCUCAAAUGUAAUGAAACUUUGGUUACUUCUUCCAACUUUUUUAAAAAAGCUGAUAAAGAGGUGCAUUUGUCUAUUAAACCUGAAAUGUAUCAGUUAAUCAAGUUAGAAAAAAAAUUGUUUGAGCUCUAUGAUAACAAAAAGUUACGCAUAAAAUGUCAUAAAUGUGAAAGCAAUCUUGGUUGUAUACUUCCAUUUGGUCCAGAUGGCACAAAAUUUUCAGCAUUUUCUGUUGAUAAAGUCAUACUUUGUCAACGUGUUUUAACAAAGAAAGAAAAAUGGUGGAAUACAUAUAAAAGCUUUGAAAUGGAAAUAGAGCAAAGAGACAGUAAUAAUUUAUUUGGAAAGCUUAAAGAAAACUUUGUGGAAGAGAAUUUCAAUCACAAAGCAGCCACAAUGACAAUAUUUCCAUCCAUCGAUAACUUGAGUUUGUUUGAAUGGUAUUCAGUAUCACUUAAAAAGGAACCUCGACAAUACCAGAUACAAGCUUUUAUUGAGGCACUCCAAAGUAACUUAAUUGUUGUACUUAAAACGGGUUUUGGAAAAACACUUAUAGCUUCAAUGUUGAUAGGACGAAUGUGUGAAAUAAAUCCCCAAAAAAUGGGUCUAAUGAUUGUUGAUAGAAUUCCACUUGUUUUUCAACAUGCUGCUUCAAUUUCAAGUGAUACUAACCUAAGAGUAGUAAGCUUGUGUGGUGAAAAUAAGACCAAACAUACUAUUAAGCGUAUAAAUGAUGGAGAUUUUGAUGUUUUAAUUAUCACUGCAGGUGCAUUUUAUGACAUGGUCAAGCAGAAGUACAUUGAUGCAAAUAUGUUUUGUGUGGUAGUAAUUGAUGAGUGUCAUCAUGCAACUGGUGGUCAUAAGUAUUUAGAUGUUCUUCAAAUUUUUACUAGCAUGCCAUUACCAAAUCAGCCUAGGAUCUUAGGUUUGACUGCCUCUCCAAUUAAUGCAAAAACUAUUACUCAAGCUACAGAUAGACUUCAAAAAUUUCUUCUAAAUUUUCCAUCAGCAAAGAUAUUUUGUCCUGUACCAUCGAAAUCAGAGCAAAAUAUCAUAACUCUGGAAUUUGAAUACUCAGAAAAUCAGUCAAGAUUUUUAAAUCAAGUAGUUAGAAUGUUUAAUGAACAUCUUAAAAAUAACAUAUAUUCUCUUUUAAAAAUCUCCGGUAAUGAAUUACAAAGCAGUUUGUUAAAUUCUUACCAGAUUAUUGGAGAGUUGCGUACAUUAGAAAGUAACUAUACAAGUUCACAAUUAGCUUUAGAAAUGAAGCUUGCUUAUAUAUAUAUAGAAUCAUUAGAAAUGUGUGCUAUUAUGGGAGUUCGUACUGCAUAUAAUGUUAUAAAAGAUUAUGUAAAUGAAGUUAGUCAAGCAUAUCAAAAUGUUCAUGAAGAUUCUGUACGUUUGAAAAAGUUAUCUGCAAUUUUAGGAAGUCUGGAGAAGACCUCAAAAGUACUCAUUUUUGUUCAUACUAGAAAUGUUGCCAGAGCGCUUUACAAGUUUUUAUGUGACAAUUUUGACAUUUUUAAACCUAGAAUGGUAUUUGGUCAUGGUGGAUAUGAUGGAAUGUCAUGGGAAGGUGAACAGGAGCUUGCCAUCAGAGAUUUUGCAUCAGGAGAAUGUAAUUUAAUUGUCUGUACUUCAGUUUUAGAAGAAGGACUUGAUGUUGCUGAGUGUGAUGUAGUUAUUUCUUUUACUUCAUUUCGUAACCUUAUUCAAUUUAUUCAGGUUAGAGGAAGAGCUAGAAAACCUGGCAGCAAAUUUUAUUCAUUUCAAAGUACAUACGAAAGUAAAUUAACCUCUGAUAUAAUGAAGCAAGAAGAAAUCUUAAAUCAUGUUCUACAAAGUUUUUCAAUGUCAAGUUGUCUAUUUUCAAGUCUAUCUAAGGAUAUUAUAAAAAAAGUCCAACAGCAAUUUAUCAAUGAUUCAUCUGGUAUGAACAAUAACUUUGAUUACAGAGAUAAAGAUAAAGGAAGUUUCUCAUUUUUAAUUUAUAUUGAAGCUAAGAAAAGCAAUUCUAUAACAAAAGAAAGAAUUUUCGAAGUACUUGAAGAAUGCAAUGAGUUUAAAGUGAAAAAUCUUGAAAUUCUUGAAACCACUGCAGGAAUGAAGUCUUGUACCCAGCGAGUGUUUACAAAAGAAUGUUUAGUAUUUUUAGUAGGUGCUCAAACACAUACACAUAUAUCUAAUUCAUUUGAGACAUAUUUGCAAUUCUGUAGAACAUUCAACUUCAAUAUAAAAGUUGAUGAUAGCUGUCCAUCAUGGCCAUCAUGGACUCAGUUUAGCAUUAAACCAAGAGUAGUAACAAUAUUAGUUCAACUAAAAUUGGAAUUGGAUAUUUUAAAUAAAACCACUUGUGCUAUUGUGAAAGAGUUUACCGUGAGCAGCUGUUUAUUUUCUGAGAAAUUAGUGACACUAACUUAUUUUGAUGAUAAUACUUGUGAUAAGAAAAAGUUUAUUGAUAUCCCCUUAACAUCUUUAGGAUACUUUGCUUUGCUUUCCAUUGACCAACAUUUUUUUUCGUUGAACUUGGUAUUGUUGCAUCCACCUUUUGUUUGGUCAAAUACUCCUGGGAAUGAGAAAAUAAGAACUAUUGAUUCCGAUUUAUCGGAAAUGUUUUCAAAAUUCUCAUUAUUUCAAAUAACUUAUCCAAUUAAUGUAAUUCAAGAAGUUCAGCAGGUACUACUCUCUCCAAAACUGUUUCCCAUUCCACAUUUUUAUGUAAAACUAAAUUGUGUUCAGCCUGAAAAUUAUUGUUACCAAGAUUUAUGCAAGCAACUACCAGAGUCUAUAGAAUGGUACCUAGGUUGUAUAAAAGACUCAAGAAUGCUUUGUUUACCAACUGAGCCUCUUAAUGAUAUAAAAAAUCAUGUGGACAAUCAAAUAAGUUCAGAGCUUCAAAGAAGCGAAGUUCUUCAGUUAUGUGAAGCAGCAUUAAAAGCAGUUUUCAGUCGUUUAAAUAAAUACUCAUACUUUGAUUAUUUUUUAACAAUUUAUGAAAACGAGUUUAAUCAUAUGUUAAAAAUUCCUGUUUCAAAAAGAGAUAUUCUUCAAGACGUAGUUCCUUCGAAUUGUGUAUUGAUCAAACGUGUUGUUGCAACACCAACUCGAAUUGUGAUGUUGCCUCCAGUUCCAGUUGCAUCAAACCGAAUGAUACGUUUACUUAGUUAUUACAAUAUUCUAAUAGUUUCUUUUAGAGACGAAGAUAUGUCAAAACUACAUGACUCUGAUACUCAUGAUUACAUUUCUUUUCUUAUGAAAAAUGGGAUUAUGGUGAAUAAGUCUAGAUAUUAUUUUUUAGCAACAUCAGCAAGUCAACUCAGAGAUCAUAAAGCCUAUUUUAUUGAAGUGCCUUCUAAUAAUGAAGUCAAAAAUCUGAGAAGUAAAAUUGUUCCGUCACCUGAACAAUUUAAAAGUGCUGCAAAGUAUAUGUCUCGCCUGGGUCUUUAUGCUACAGCUGAUAUGGGAAGUUUGUUUGAAAUAAGUCCUGAUAUGAUUUCUUGGGUAAGUGAUCUAAAAGCAAAGAAUGGUGAACUAACCACUGAUGGAUGUGGUAAAAUUUCUCUGACAAUGAGUGCUCACAUUGCAAAUAUUCUUAAAAUUAAUCAACCUUCAGCUCUACAGAUUAGAUUUUCUGGUAUAAAAGGAAUACUGGUAUGCACCUAUGACGAUGAUCCAGAUUUAAAAAGUAAACCAUUUGCUUUCCGCAAAUCCAUGAAAAAGUUUGAAAACAAUGACAAAAGUUUUUGCAUUACUUCUUACUCUAAGUAUAAUUCUUUAAUCCUGAAUAGAGAAGUUAUCACUCUUUUUAAUGCUGUUGAUUCAAACUAUUUUGCUAAUGUUUUACUCCAAUUACAGCAUCAUGAAUUAGAGAAAGUUUCUGAUAUGUUUAAUAAUGAAAAUUCUGCUAGAAAAGCUCUGAUUGAAUAUUUUCCGAAAGGAAAUAUAGAUAGGUUAUCUAUAAUUGAUUUUCAUCAUGAUAAAUUUUGGUUUUCCGUGCUUCAGGGAAUAUAUCGCCUUAAAGUGCGUGAUCUGCUAAAGAGAGCUAGUAUACCUGUUGAAAAUGGGUGUUUGGUGGUUGGAGUAGCUGAUCCAAUAGGCAUUUUGAAAGAAGGAGAAAUAUUUUUACAAAUAGAUCAUGACAACAAGAAAGAGAUUAUAAUAGGUGAUGCUUUGGUGUACAGAAAUCCUUGUUUACAUCCAGGUGACCAGAGAGUUGUAUGCUGUGUUGAUGAACCUUCUUUACGUUAUCUAGUGAAUGUUGUUGUAUUUCCUGUAAUGAACUGUGAAUGUUCUUUUGCUGCAUCUUGCAGUGGUGGUGAUCUUGAUGGUGAUCAAUUUGCAAUUAUAUGGGAUACGAAACUUAUUCCACCAAGACAUUUAAUAUAUCCUCGUUUUGACUACUCUCAACUAACUUUAGUUGAUCCAUUGAUUAAAAAUGUUGAUGUUACAGAUGAGAAUGUUAUUGUAGACUUUUUUAUGAAAUUUAUGAAGAAUGACAGUUUAGGCAGAAUCGCUCAUAAACAUCUUGCACUUUGUGAUUUUAUUGAAAAUGGAGCUCGUAAUCCAUUAGCUGUUGAAUUAGCUAAAUCUCAAGCUGCAGCUGUUGACUAUCCUAAAACCGGAAUACUUCCAGAAGUUCCUGAAGAGGCAAUCUUAUUAGUUAAAACAAAGGGUUUUCCAGACUUUAUGGAAAAAAAUGACUGCUACAGUUCUAAUCAAAUUCUUGGUAACCUCUAUCGUAAAUGUAAAUCUAUUGGCUUCAGCUUUGAUCUAACAAGUAAAGUAAAUAUAGAAAAAGGGUCUGGAUCUAGCCUUCGUAUUCCAGGUUAUUAUGAGUACUUAGAAGAUGCUUUAGAAGUUUAUUCUUGUUAUGCUCAUAACAUUAAAGCAAUAAUGUCAUGGUUCGACUUAAAAGUUGAAGCUGAUGUGGUUUUAGGUUGUGCCACAUAUAAUUGGAGUACUCAUUUUGAAGCUGACAAAGGAAAGGCAUCAAAGUCAAUAGCUGAAUGCUAUAAACAGUUGGUAAAAAAGUUUCGUGAAAUUUUUUUUAGCAAUAUUGAUGAUGUUUCUAAAAUGAAAAAAGCUUGUGCGUGGUACAAUUUGGUUUAUGAUAAUGCUAUUAAAAUUGUUGGCCAUAAAAAAAAAUAUUUAAGUUUUCCUUGGGUUAUCAGUGAUGUGCUUUGUGAACUAUUUCAAGAGAUACACAGCCAAAGACCAAGUAGUUUCUUCCUUGAUGUUGGAUCUUCUGCUCUUAAUUAUUUUAGCAAGAGUUCUUCAUUGUUAUUGAAAAACAUCACUGAUAAAGCAAAAGUUUUGAAUAUUAUAGAUCAUGCAAUACAAAGGUUUGUGAAAAAAGAAUAUAGAAUUGAUAAAGCAUUUAAAGUAUCUACAUAUGGCUCAACAUCAAUAUAUGUGUGCGAACCUGAAUCAGAUGUUGAUAUAUGUAUAUUUGCUGAGCAGUGUGUUUUUUCAAGUGACAUAUUUCCUUUACAAAUGCGAUUACGCAUGAAUGAAUUUUGUCAUGAUGAGAAAGAAAAACAUAUUUUACAGUUUGUGAUUUCACGAGCAUUAGAUUCAGUGGUAUCUUCAAAAAGGGAAAUUUUAGAUGCCAAAAUUCCUAUUAUUAAAUGUGUGAUAGGCGACGAAUAUAGUGCAGUCAGUUGCGACAUUUCAAUGAAUUUGAUUGGUAAACUUAAAACACAGUAUAUUUAUUUUCUUUACCGAAGUAACUGUUUGUAUUUACCUUUAUUUUGGAUAUUAGUGAGCUGGGCAAGAGUUGUUGGUUUAGUAAAAAGUGCUAUAAAUUGUAAUGGAGUUAUGGAUACAGCUGAGUUUUACUCACUUAUUAUUGAUUUAAUGAAUACAGAUAAUUACGAAAACUAUUUUGUUGAAAACAAUCGGUAUAGUUCAAUUUCUUAUCUCUAUAGCUGCUUAGACAAACUUAAAAAAAGAGAUAAACAUGAACUAGGAUUAAUGUUGCACACUUUUUUUCGAAAAGCAGCAAAUUUGAAAGGUAAUUUAGUAUUCUGUUGGCCAGCACCUAAUAUUCCAGAAGUUAAAAUCGAUUCCAAAGUAACUGAAAAAAUAUCAAUUUUUGCACAGAGUGCAUUUCAUUCAAUAUCAGCAACAAAAAAUAUGAAUGAGUUGUUCCUACAUGCUUUGAUGUCACAACAAAGUACGAUAGAAUAUUCUGUUAAAUUGCCACUAUCUGUGUCUUAUGCAAUGCAGGCUUGCUCCUUUCAUUCAAGCCGACUUUCGAAACUAACUGGUGCAAUUGUUUCUGUAACUCCAAAAGAAGGAACAAAAAAUCUUUUGGUUAAUGCAGUGGGUUCCAGUUUAUCUAUAAAUCUUCUUCGAUCAGAAAUACGCGAUCUUAUUCACACUAAUAAAACUUUAAGUUUGGGCGUGUUACCCAAAAAAAGAUCUAAAUAUUUUAUGGAAGGUUCCUCAUUUUUAAUUGUUGAGGGAAAAACACUCACAUUUAACCCAACACUAAAAUUUGAAGCAAGUUUAGGGGCAUUUGAACUAUUACAUGCAUGCAAUAGUAAGGAUGCUUUGUAUCUAGAAACUGAUUUGAAGCCAUUACCUUCAUGGUUGGAUGAAGAAUUUAUUAGAUUUCAAUCUUGCAUUACAACACAGAUGUCAAAGUUUCCGUGUAAAAAGAACAUUUCUCUUGAGGCAUCAUCACGGUUUGGUUGUUUUUAUUUAAUUGAUCUCAGUAAACGAUUGCCAGAUUCAACAACAUGUUUAAAAAUGAGUGAAAUUGAACGCUUUAUUGAACGAGGUCGCUUUAAUCGUAAAAAGUGGAGUAGGACAGAUUAUGUUCCAUCUCCUAAGCAGCAGGAUUUAACCAAUAAAAUGAGUUUACUCAAGAUAAUUGCCGUUACAUUGCAUCAUAAAAAGUGUUGGUUUCCAUCAGCAUUUAAAGUAACUAUUUUUUACAAUUAUCACAAUGAUUGUCAUAUGCAUUGUCACAUGUAUGUUCAUUUCGCUUCGCCUGUCCUUAGCAAUCUUAAUGUAUGUUAAUAUUAACUUUAAUGAUAAAA